AUGGGAGAAUCAGAGCUUCCUCACAUGUACAAAGCACAAACCCUUCACGCCAUCCUAGUGAAAAAUGGCUUUUUAUACAAUGUCUACCAAUGCAACCUCGUGCUUCAGAGCUACGUCAACUCUGGAGCCUUGUCUGAAGCUUACAAGCUCCUUCACCACCUGCCUCAAACCAACAUCGUCUCUUUCAACACCAUUUUAUCUGGGUUUUUCAAGUCUCGUUUAGUCUCUGAAGCGCUUGAAUUCUUUAAUUCUUCACCCAACAGGGACUGCCAGUCAUGGAAUAUUGUCAUUUCUGGCUGUGUUCGGAACCAAAGACUGGAACUAGCUUUGACCCAUUUCGUAGAAAUGCGUCAUAGUUCCAUUAGGCCGGAUAGAUAUACGUAUUCGAUUGUAAUACCUUGUUGUGAAUUGGGUUUUGGGCAACAAGUUCAUGCAGAGGUUAUUAAGGUUGGUUCGGAUUCGGAUGCGUUUCUUGGUACAAAUCUUCUUGGAAUGUACGCAGGAGUUGGUGAUAUGGAAGCGGCAAAGAAGGUGUUUGAUGGAAUGCCCGUUAGAGAUUUGGUUGCAUGGAAUGCUUUGAUUGCUUGUUAUUCUAAGUGUGGAACGGGUGAUGCAAGUAUAGGGUUGUUUCAAGAACUUGCUAAAGAAGGUAUACUUGCUGAUGAGUAUACUUAUGCUACAGUUUUGAAUGAAUUUGCUUCUCGUUUGCAAGUUUUUGAAACAAUGCAAGUGCAUUCAUUGCUUAUACAACGAGGGUUCUGCUCGGAUUGCUUUAUAAGCAAUUCGUUAUUGAAUUUAUAUUCCAAAUCUGGCUUUAUCGCAUCAGCUUUUCUCUUGUUUCAGGAGAUGCCUCACCAAGAUGUGGUUUCUUGGACAACAAUUAUUUCCGGGUUCUCGCAAUGUGGGUAUGUGAAGGAGGCAUUUUUAAUGUUUCACAAAAUGCGUUUAGAUAACGUGGAACCAAAUUCCUUCACUUUUGGUGGUCUGCUUGGCGCUUGUGCUGAUGCUAGUGCAUUCCACAGCGGAAAACAAAUUCAUGGAAUUGUUUUGAGAAUUGGUCUAGAGACUGAUGUUGUGGUGGCAAGUGCGAUUGUGGAUAUGUAUUCGAAAAGUGGUGCGAUGGAUGAUUCUGUGAGGAUAUUUCAAAGCAUGUUCGAGAGAGAUAUUGUUUUGUGGAAUGCAAUUAUAUGUGGGUUUGCUCAAAAUGGAGAAGCCAUGAAGGCUUUGAAGCUCUAUGAUGAGUUGGUGCUUUAUGAGCCAUCCAUUGUCGCCCCAAAUGAUGUCACUUUUGUUGGUGUGCUCAGUGCAUGUGGUCAUGCUGGUUUGGUGGAAGAGGGCUGCAAUUACUUAAACGAGAUGGUUCAUAAGCAUUUGAUCAAACCCAAAAUGGAGCAUUAUACAUGUAUGGUUGAUUUAUUAGCACGAGCAGGGCUAUUAGAGGAAGCUGAGGUACUUAUGCGAAGCUUCCCCUAUGAACCUGAUGAUGUUAUGUGGAGUACUUUACUGGGAGCUUGCAAAUUGCAUGGGAAUCUACAAAUGGCAAGGCAUAUUGGUGAACAUCUUUAUGGGGAUGAGCUCUGGAACUCUUCAAAUUAUGUCCUGCUUUCUACUUCGUACACAGAUGUUGGUAGAUGGAGUGAAGCAAUAGAAAUUAGAAACAUGAUGGAUGCAAGAGGAGUCCGGAAGAUCAUCGGAUGCAGUUGGGUUGAAAUUGAAAGUUGCAUGCACUUGUUUAUAGCAGGUGAUAAGUUACAUCCAUGUAUUAAGGCAAUUUGUGAAAUGUUACAGAGGUUAUAUUUCCAAAUGAAGGAAAGGUACGAAUAUGAAUUGAACUUCCGUUGGAUUUCUUUAUGA